AUGUAUAGGAAAAUAAGUCUCGUUUAUUCUCAGUGUCGACGAAGAGAACCAACACUUUCAUUAUUUCAUGCUUAUCCCUGGGUAGGCGUAUUCUCUGUCACUCUCAAUGAGAAAUCCCUCCAGUACACCUCUCUCCCUCUCUCUCUCCCUCUCUCCCCCCUCUCUCUCUCUCUCUCUAUCUCUCUUUCUGAACUUUCUAAAUUAGGGUCCCGAAUCAGUCAAACUAAUUCUUUCGCUAUCUAUCUAUCUAUCUAUCUAUCUAUCUAUCUAUCUAUCUAUCUAUCUAUCUAUCUAUCUAUCACUCUCUCUCUCCUCUCUCUCUCUCUCUCUCUCUAUUCAUAUAUAUAUAUAUAUAUAUAUAUAUAUAUAUAUAUAUAUAUCAAUGUAGGAUUAGUUAAUAAUGGUAAUAAAAAAGUUCUUCUUCUUCUUCUUCUUCUUCUUUUUCUUCUUCUUCUUCUUCUCCCCCUCCUCCUCCUCUGUACCUCCCUGUUCGCUUUCUUCUUCCACUCUUACUUUUGUACCUACCUGUUUUUUCUUCGCUCACUCCCAUUUCUCUUUCUCCUUAUCAUUUUCUUUCUUCGACACCACCAUUUUUUAAAUUUUCUUUUUGUUUCUUUUUCUUCACAUUCUCCUUCUUAUGCUUUCCUUCUUUGUCUUUUUUUCUUCUUCUACAUCGACGUUUUCUUACCUUUUACGUCUUCUUCGUCGUUACCUCCAUUUUCUUUCUUCUCUACCUCACUUUGCUCAAUUUUCUUCAUUUUCUUUUUCUUCUGUACUUCCCUUAGCUCUUGCUUCUUCCCUAUUUCAUUUUUUCUUCUUUUCUACCUUUUCUUCUCUUAUUCUUCAUUCACACCUCCCAUUUUUCUUCUAUGCCUCCCUUAUCUUUUUCUUUUCUUUUUAUUUCUUUUCUUCUGUGAUUUCUAUUUCUUUUUUUUUUUUUUUUCAACUAACGCACCUUCAUUUUUCUUCUUCCAUAACCCACAUUUCUCAUUCUUCCUCAUUUCUUUUUUAUACACCUGCUUUAUCUUUUUUUUCUUUGCUUUUUCUUCUUCAUUUCACUUUUCACUACCUACCUUACUCAUUACACUACCCUUUUUCAUUCUCCUUGGCCUCUCUAUUUUUUUUUUUUCAUUCUUCAACUCACUUUUUCUUCUCCACGUUUUCAUUCUGCGGCAUAGAAUUUUUUUUUUCCUAUUUUACUUCUACACAUUUUUUCUUAUUAUUCAGCUCCUUUUUUUUUUCUGUAUCACUUUUGUUGUCUUUGUAACCCAUUUUUUUCUUUCGUCUUCCUUUUUCUUUUUCACUUUUCUUCUAUUCCACACCCCACUUCUCUUCUGUUUUUUAUUAUAA